AUUAGACACGAGCAAGAAGCAGCAGCAGGAGACACUUCCUGCACUGAUGUUAAGAGCAUUAUAUUUCCAAAUAUUAAUGGCUUGACAGUAAAUAAGUGUGCUGGAAGUGAACAAACUGAAGCUCAACAUGAACUACGUACCAGGGACCGCUAGCCUCAUUGACGACAUCGAUAAAAAGCACCUGGUGCUGCUCCGAGAUGGCAGAACUCUGAUUGGUUACCUCAGAAGCAUCGAUCAGUUUGCCAAUUUAGUGUUUCACCAGACGGUGGAGCGAAUCCACGUGGGGAAAAAGUUUGGCGACAUCCCGAGAGGAAUUUUCAUCGUGAGAGGAGAAAAUGUGGUGUUGCUUGGAGAGAUGGACGUGGACAAACCCUGUGACACCAUCCUGCAGCAGGUCUCCAUUGAGGAGAUCCUGGAGGAGCAGCGGCUGCAGCAGCAGGCCAAACAGGAGACGGAAAAAGUGAAGAUGCAGGUCCUGAAGGAUCGAGGCCUAUCCAUUCCCAAAGCGGAUAAUUUGGACGAGUACUAAAACACCUUUUUUUUUUUUUUUUGUCUCUUGUAAACCUCUCUCCGUUUGUAUCGGACUGAUAACUUGUACUUUUGAUCCGAUUGUGUUUUGUUUUGGGUUCUUUGUGCAGAUCUGUCAUUUUGGAUCCAUUUACUGUACUGGUCAAAUUUAUUUUCAAGUAUUUUGAGAAAAACAAGUGUUUGCCGGCUUUUCAAGAUCAUAUAAGCAAAGUAUAAAAAUGUAUUUUUUUCUGAAUUACUGGUAGUAGUUUUAAGUUUACAAAAGCACUUUUUAUUUUGUCAGAAUGUGAUGAGCUAUCAUGUUUAAGGAUGUCUGCUCAUGACGAGCACUACUCAAAUAAAAGAAUUAGUUUGU